AUGGCGGCGAACAAGGGCAUCAGCUUGGAGGAGAUAAAAAAUGAGAAUAUUGAUCUCGAAAGCAAAUUCCUCAAAUUCUUGGGUUUUAUGUGGAAUCCUCUAUCAUGGGUUAUGGAGAUUGCUGCCAUCAUAGCUAUUGCUGUGGCAAAUGGACAGGGUAAGCCUCCAGAUUGGCAGGAUUUUGUUGGUAUAGUGGUUUUAUUGUUCAUCAACUCCACCAUAAGCUUCAUUGAAGAGAACAAUGCGGGCAAUGCUGCAGCGGCACUAAUGGCAGGCCUUGCACCAAAGACAAAGGUCCUGAGAGACGGCAGAUGGUCUGAGGAGGAAGCUGCGAUCCUGGUUCCAGGAGAUAUCAUCAGCAUCAAGUUGGGAGAUAUAAUCCCAGCAGAUGCUCGGCUUCUUGAAGGGGAUCCACUCAAGAUUGAUCAAUCUGCACUCACAGGCGAAUCAUUGCCAGUAACUAAAAACCCCGAGGAUGAAGUGUUUUCAGGCUCCACUUGCAAACAAGGAGAGAUUGAGGCUGUUGUCAUUGCCACUGGGAUCAAUACUUUCUUUGGGAAAGCUGCUCAUCUUGUCGACAGCACUCAUUCAGUCGGCCACUUCCAGAAGGUGUUGACUGCGAUUGGUAACUUCUGCAUAUGCUCCAUUGCGUUGGGGAUCAUAAUAGAGAUAGUGGUGAUGUACCCGAUUCAGCACCGGAAGUACAGAGAUGGAAUUGACAAUCUGCUGGUUCUUCUCAUCGGAGGAAUUCCAAUUGCCAUGCCAACUGUGUUAUCUGUGACUAUGGCCAUUGGAUCCCACAGGUUAUCACAGCAAGGUGCUAUCACCAAGAGAAUGACUGCUAUUGAAGAAAUGGCUGGAAUGGAUGUCUUGUGUAGUGACAAGACCGGAACGCUUACCCUAAACAAACUCACAGUUGACAAAAAUUUAAUUGAGAUAUUUGCAAAGGAUGUGGACAAAGAAAUGGCAGUUCUUCUUGGGGCUAGAGCAUCAAGGGUGGAGAAUCAAGAUGCUAUUGACGCUUGCAUUGUUGGAAUGCUGGGUGAUCCGAAAGAGGCUAGAGCAGGAAUCACUGAAGUGCAUUUCCUUCCCUUUAAUCCUGUGGAUAAGCGCACAGCUAUUACUUAUAUAGACAGCAAUGGUAAUUGGCACAGAGUUAGCAAAGGGGCUCCCGAACAGAUCGUGGAGCUCUGUGGCCUAAAGGAAGAUUUGAAGAAAAAAGUUCACUCCAUUAUCAAUAAGUUUGCUGAGCGUGGUCUUCGCUCUCUUGCUGUAGCUCAACAGGUUGUACCUGAGAAGACAAAGGAGAGCCCAGGUGGGGCCUGGGUGUUCGUGGCACUCUUGCCACUUUUUGACCCUCCAAGACAUGAUAGUGGCGAGACCAUCAGGCGUGCCCUUAACCUUGGCGUCAAUGUUAAGAUGAUCACUGGUGAUCAGCUAGCCAUUGGCAAGGAGACUGGUCGAAGGCUAGGAAUGGGAACAAACAUGUAUCCUUCUUCCUCCCUUCUUGGACAGCACAAGGAUGAAAGUAUCGCUAACAUCCCGGUUGAGGAACUCAUUGAGAAGGCUGAUGGCUUUGCUGGUGUCUUUCCAGAGCACAAAUACGAGAUCGUGAAGAAGCUGCAAGAAAGAAACCACAUCUGUGGAAUGACAGGAGACGGUGUGAAUGACGCCCCAGCUCUAAAGAAGGCAGACAUUGGCAUUGCAGUGGCAGAUGCAACUGAUGCUGCCCGGAGUGCAUCUGACAUAGUCCUGACAGAACCUGGGUUGAGUGUGAUAGUGAGUGCAGUUUUGACAAGCAGGGCCAUAUUCCAGAGGAUGAAGAACUACACAAUAUAUGCAGUUUCGAUAACUAUACGCAUUGUGCUCGGUUUUAUGCUCAUUGCACUCAUCUGGAAGUUUGAUUUCUCACCGUUCAUGGUUCUGAUAAUCGCAAUCCUCAAUGAUGGAACCAUCAUGACAAUUUCUAAAGACAAGGUGAAGCCAUCCCCGAUGCCUGAUUCAUGGAAGCUGAAAGAAAUUUUCGCCACUGGAAUUGUCCUAGGAACUUAUCUUGCAGUAAUGACUGUAGUUUUCUUCUGGGCUGCACACGAGUCAGAUUUCUUCGUGGAAAAAUUUGGUGUACGAUCAAUCAGGCACCAUUAUCCCGAGCUCAAUUCAGCUCUUUAUCUUCAAGUGAGUAUUGUUAGCCAGGCACUUAUCUUUGUCACUCGUUCAAGGAGUUGGUCAUUCAUGGAACGUCCCGGACUCCUGUUAGUGGGAGCAUUUCUAAUAGCACAACUGGUCGCAACAUUAAUUGCUGUGUAUGCUAACUGGGAAUUUGCAAGGAUCCGCGGUAUAGGUUGGGGAUGGGCAGGUGUUAUCUGGUUAUACAGCUUCAUCUUCUACUUCCCUCUGGAUCUUUUAAAGUUUUUCAUCAGAUAUGCAUUGACUGGCAAGGCGUGGAAUAAUAUACUUGACAACAGGACUACCUUUACAACGAAGAAGGAUUAUGGCCGGGGAGAAAGGGAAGCACAGUGGGCAAUGGCUGAGCGCACACUGCAUGGACUUCAGCCACCAGAUACUUCAGAACUCUUUACCGACAAAAAUAGCUACACAGAACUGUCUGAAAUUGCUGAACAGGCCAAAAAACGUGCUGAAGUUGCCAGGCUGAGAGAACUUCACACUCUGAAGGGGCAUGUGGAGUCAGUUGUGAAGCUUAAGGGUCUUGACAUUGAGGGUAUUCAGCAACACUACACAGUUUAA